UUGAGCUGUGUAGUGAGAAGUCAGGAGCCAACAAACUACUGACCAAAGGAGUCCUGACAGUACAAAGCAGCUGGUUUUCUGGACCUUCCUCAAGAACACCUCCACAAAACAAGAACGCAACCGGGGGGAAAAAAUGCUCAAUGUUUGCGUGCUGGUCCUUAGCUGGAGCCUCGUGCUUGGGGCGGGCUACAGGAAGGGCUCGGACCCACCGGGGAAGCGCCAGUACCACAUCCAGAACGGCCCAUGCAGUUACACUUUCCUACUGCCCGAGCAGGACAGCUGCCCCCCAGCCUACGGCGGGAACCUGGUACAGGAGGACGAGCCGGUCGUGGACGACGAGUCCAUCCAGCGGCUGGAGCAGCUGGAGAACAUCAUGGAGAACAACACCCAGUGGCUUCUCAAGCUGGAGAACUACAUUCAGGAGAACAUGAAGCACGAGAUGGUCCAUAUUCAGCAGACGGCUGUGCACAACCACACAGCGGCCAUGAUUGAGUUCGGCACGAACCUGCUGAGCCAGACUGCGGAGCAGACCAGGAAGCUCUCCAGUGUGGAGGCCCAGGUCAUAAAUCAAACUACAAGACUGGAACUUCAGUUGCUGGAAAAUUCCCUGUCAACAAACAAACUGGAGAAGCAGAUUCUUCUCCAAACAAAUGAAAUAAGCAAACUGAACGAAAAGAACAGUUUCCUGGAGCGGCGGGUGGAGGACAUGGAGGGCCAGCGGCAAGCGGAGCUCAAGGCCCUUCGGGAGCAGGAGGAGCAGCUCCAGGAGCUGUUGCGCCAGCAGACAACCGUCAUCGAGGACCUGGAGCAACGGCUCCUAGGCGCCACCGCAAACAACUCGGCCCUGCAGCGGCAGCAGCAAGACCUGCUGGAGACUGUCAACAGCUUAAUGGCCACCAUCACCGUGGUCCCCAAAACGGCCGCCUUGACUCAGGAAGCCCAAACCCUCUACAAAGACUGCGCAGCUGUCUACAAGGCAGGAAAGACCCAGAGUGGGGUCUACUCACUGACCCUGGCCAACACGACGCAGCAGAUAAAGGCUUACUGUGACAUGGAGACCGAGGGAGGCGGAUGGACUGUAAUUCAGAAACGCUUCAACGGUCGCGUUGAUUUUCACCGUACGUGGAAGGAUUACAAACUGGGUUUUGGAGACCCCACGGGGGAAUACUGGCUGGGGAAUGAAUUUGUGUCCCGGCUCACAAUUCAGCAACCAUAUAUCCUACGGAUACAGCUGAAAGACUGGGAGGGAAAUUCUGCAUUCUCCCAAUAUGACGAGUUCUCCUUAAACACUGAAGCCCAGAACUACAGGAUACACCUUAAAGGCUACAGUGGAACGGCAGGCAAAAUCAGUAGCCUUGGUCAGCCAGGAAGUGAUUUUAGCACAAAGGAUGCGGACAAUGACAAGUGUGUUUGCAAAUGUUCACAGUUGACCACCGGAGGCUGGUGGUUUGAUGCCUGCGGUCCCUCCAACCUCAAUGGGAUCUAUUACCAGUUGGGCCAAAACACGAACCGCUUCAACGGAAUCAAGUGGUACUACUGGAGAGGUUCAGGCUACUCGCUGAAAGCGACCAACAUGAUGAUCAGGCCAGUGGACUUCUGAGGCACCGGUGGGCCUUUUUCUCCCAACAAGGCUCUGGGACACUGAGGAAUGGCGAAGGCUCCCAAAUCUCAGGCUCUAGUGACUCAAAUUGUCAUCCUGAGAGGAAUUUUACUUUGCUUCCACAAAGUGCUUACUGUCACUAGGAAGUGCAGCGCCUGUUGAGGAUGGAGUCUCCAUCUACGUUUGUUACUUGCUGGAGAGUGUAGGAUGGAAAACACGGACUUAAAGCCCCAGACUGAGGUUCUGGAACAUGAUAUCGUUUGCCUUUCCUUCUGGCAUGGUUUGAAAAGUUGGUUCUUUGGCAGGAAAGCAACGAAUUCUCAAUGAUGCCAAAUGAUACUUGGACAGCUCUUGCCGCAGCUGAGAGGGAUUGAACAUUAUGUCGAUAGGGGACACACCUACAAAGGGCUACACUGGUCUCAAUUCGAAAUUCUCUUAUUUAUAUGUAACUGGAAUCGUGGAUUUUUUUCUUUUUUUUAAAACCAAAUCUCUGGAGCCUUAAGCGAAGUGCUCUAUACUAAGCACAUCUAACCUGAAAGAUGUAGCAAAACACGCAUCUGCUCAGUUGCAACAAACCUGGACAAACAAAUCAUCUGGUAUGGUGAGAUUCUAGGUUUGUAUCUAUAACUAAUGUGUUGCUCAAUAUAUACAUUUAUAUUAAGCACCUAGGUUGCCAGUUUUGAUAAAAAUAAAACAAAUGAAACAGGAGUCAGCCAAGAUCAAUGAGGACUGCAGUAAAAUAUUAGCUUUUGCACACAGUUAUCUGCAAAACAUCCAAAGUUGCUGGAGACAAUAUUCUGCUUUUGUCUGUUACUAAGUGCAACUGUCAAAAUAGAUACAUUUUAAGAAAAUACACAUAAUAGUUAUUGAACAAAAAAUGUCCAAAGAGACAUCACUCUUUGAUAAUCAUGUAAUAAUGUAAUUUUGCUGUGCAUUAACUGUGACAAAGAUAUGUUGAGUAAGCAGAAAGUCUGUGAUGGCAAACUUUUAGAUUCCUUCUCUGA